AUGGGUGAUCAAAUGGGAGAAUUGCAAGACAUGUUCAAGAAGUUCAUGGGGCAACAGAUGCAAACCAAUAAGAAUCUUCAAAAUGCAGUGAACAAACUAGAAGUGCAAGUUGGGCAGAUUGCAUCUUCCAUGAGCAAUAGAGCAUCCGGAACUUUCCCAAGCAAAACUGAGGUGAAUCCAAGGCAUCAAGGGCAUGCUAAAGCAGUACACAUCUUGAGAAGUGGUAAACAAGUUGAUAAUAAGGUUGGAGAUGUCAAUGAAGAGCAAGAAGAUGGAGAAAACGUGGAGAUCAUUCAGCCACCACAUAGGCAGCCACAGCUUCCAACAAACAGUCCCUCAAUCCUUCUAGAAAGAGCACAAAGCCUAAGGCCUAUUGCACCCUUUCCCAGCAGGUUAUCAAAGUCAAAGAAGGAUCAAGGCUUGGAUGAGAUAAUGGAAACAUUUAAGAAGGUGCAAAUCAACAUCCCAUUGCCCAAUGUCAUUGCUCAUAUUCCAAAGUAUGCAAAAUUUUUGAAGGAUCUAUGCACUAACAAGAGGAGAUUCAAAGAGCAUGAACAAGUUGCAUUGAGUGAAGAGGUAAAUGCAGUGUUACAAAGAAAGCUGCUUCCAAAGCUAAAGGAUCCAGGUUCUUUUUCUAUACCUUGCAUAGUUUGUGAUUUUAAGUUUCAAAAAGCUUUGCUUGAUCUUGGUGCUUAUAUAAAUCUUAUGCAAUAUCAUGUUUAUGAGAAACUUAACCUUGGUAAGUUGCAAGCCACAUCUGUGAGCAUUCAACUGGCAAAUAGAACUAUUAGGUACCCUAAGGUCAUUCUAGAAGAUGUUUUGGUGAACGUGGAAGAGCUAAUUUUGCCAGCAGAUUUCUUGGUGUUGGAAAUGGAAGAAGCACCAAUUCAUGACAAUCAGUUACCACUCAUUAUAGGUCGUCCAUUCAUGGCAACUGCCGGUGCUAUUAUUGAUGUAAAGAAGGGUACAUUGACCAUGAAUGUGUUUGAUGAGACAAUAGCAUUCAAAGUGUUUGAAGCCUCCAAGUUUCCAAGUGACGAGCAUGAAGUUUUCCAUGUUGAUGCAAUUGAUACUAUGGUGAAAGAAGCACUGCCAAUGAGUUAUUUGGAGCCCAUUGAAGCAUGCAUCACACAAAGCAUAAGGAAAGAAGAAGUGGACAGCUUAGAGGCUGUGAUCUCUCCUUUACUUCUUGAGCUUGUUUACAGCAUGGAUAGCUACAUAGAAAUUGUAAAGAGGCACCAGAGUUGGAAUUAA